CUCCAACCUCAUAGUCGCUCUCUAUCUCUCUCUCUCUCUCUCUCUCUGCUCCCGGCAACACGAAGUUUCCAAGCUGUUCAAGACCCGCUCGAGAGCUUGAAGACGACUGUGAAGGGGAAGAUGAAGGCCAGUGGUGGACUCGCUUUGCUUCUCUUCGCUUUUCUUCUCUUCUCCUCCUCGUUCGCUCGCCCCUUAUCGACUACUAAUACACAAGUCGUCCUGGGUGGAGGAAAACCUGAGGCCGACGGCAACCUAGUCAUAGAAGCAACUGAUCUCUCAGAUCUUAUGGGGAUGGAGGCAGAGGAGGAGUCAUGUGGCGACCAAGAUGAAGAAUGCCUCAAAAGGAGGAUGAUUGCAGAGGCUCACUUGGAUUACAUCUACACCCAGAAGCACAAGCCUUGAUUUACUACUCCAAUCAGUGAUAUUCAUGGGCUGAAAAAAAAUCUAGAAAGAAGAAAAGAGGAAAGCCUAGUUGUGCGGAAAAAAAAAAUCUAGCUUAUGUCAUCAAAAAAGAAAAGGGAAAAAAAGGACCAAAAAAUAAGCAAAAAAGAUUUGGAUCUACACUUUGUAUCACUAGUUACUACCGGUUGGCCUGUGCAUAUUAUAUUUGUGUUGGUAAGGAAUCCAGAAGACAGGAGAAGUUGGCUUCUUAUGCACAAAAGCAAUAAAGAUAUCGAUUGUAAGAAAGAUUCCAUCUGAGGAGAGAGCAAAUGAAAAUGCCUUAUAUUUUACGCUUCCCAAA